GAAACUAAAAUAGUGGGUCAAAAAGAGGGAAACCCCCAGUGCUUUCCACGGUCCUGUCGAUAACUUGCGCUGAGACCCUUGGCUUUGCGACCUUGGCUGUUCUUCGCUGAGCGCCGCCGCCAGCCUGAGCGAGUUCACGUUAAAAAUUCAGAUUGAGUUGUCUUAAAAGUCACAAACCUAUACCCACCCACCCACAUGGGAACACAGCAGUUGUGGAGGUGGAGACAGGAAGAACCAGAAUCAGAGUUCAAAUAUGCCAGAAAAUCUGGGUUCUAAAUUCUUAUGUAAGUCAGAGAGUAACUGACCAACAGCUGUGAGACACUGGGCACUUGAACAUUCACUGUAAACUUUGGCACAGAUCACUUACUUCUCUGAAGACUGGAUCCAACAAGCAUAAUGAAUACAAGAAUGUGCUAUGGUAGCAUGCUGAAUUCCAGACAAACCCAAGAAUUCCGUACAGCUGGGGAAGGAGGCCCAACUCCUGAGAUGGUCUUAGAAGCAGAACUGAUAGAUCUUAGGGAAAGUGAUGAAAUAGUUGACCUCACCUGUGAAUCCCUAGAACCUACAGUGAUUGACCUAACUUGCCAUGACUCUGUUGUGAUUACUGAAGAAAGGAGGUGGCCAGGGGGAAAUACAAGGUCACUCCAAGGCCAAAUUGGCAGCUAUGUGGUGAGCAGUGAUAAGGAGGAGUUGAUGAGAAACAGAGAUGUGUAUGUAACCAACAGUACCUGUCAUAAUGCCCUGGAAGAAGAAGCUUUAAGUUGCACACAGCCUGGUUAUCUCCGGUGUCGAAUUUGUAUGGAUGGGUACUUGGAGAUUGAACUGAGUAGGCGACACAUUUACUCUACAGAAUGUGGCCACAUCUUCUGUAGUCAGUGCCUCUGCACUUCCCUUAAAUAUAAUAAAAAAUGCCCAGUUUGUUUGAAAAAACUCAACUGCUAUCAGUACCACCGCAUUUAUAUAUGAGGUGUGCUGUGUCAUUCAGGACAGAUAGAACCCUUGGCAUGGAAAUGUCCUUGUGCAGAAACUAUGGGUUGUUGGCAUCCAAUACACUGGACUCAAAAAGCCUGCUUUUAAAAAUUGUUCUCUGGAGUAUAUAAAAAACUCUUUCAUUUCUCACACGCUAUGAGACUGCUUUUUGAUUUCUUUAGUUUCAUGCUUCAGGGCUGGACUUUGGUUGUCAUAUUGUGCCAGAGACUAGUGGCUGUCCUCAAAGCAAUUUUUCCUUUUUUCUUAUAGUAAUCAAUUUACAAUCAAUUUUUAACUGACCACACAUGGGCAUUUUGGAUCAUCUAACAAGGGCAACAUCCUAGAGGUAGUGGAGCAAGUGGAUGGAAGGAAUCUGGGAGACUGACAACUUUGCAAGUCAGAGCCACCAUACAAAUUUGGACUUUUACUUGAGAGAUAAAUAAACGUUAUUCUUGUUUAAGCAACCA